GCUCCUCUUCAAGACGGUAGUUGCCGGGGACAGCUGGGGUGAGAUCGCUGUGCCCGUCAUCCAGUCACAUCCAGAGACGGCCUUCAUUUUCGUGGGCUCGUCCCUGACCAUCGUCUUCGGCGUUUUGAACCUCAUUGUAGCUGUGAUCGUGGACACUUUCGCAGAGGCAAGGUCCAAC